CAUGCACACUUGAGGAAGAUACAGUCUUUCUCAGCCGAGGUAGUGUGAUUUCCUCUUUUUGCCCCGGAUUUUGGGAAUGCUUGCCGUGUCCCCUCUGAGGGAAGAGAGGGGCGAUGAGGCCCGCCGAGGAGAGAGCUGCCGCUUCUCCAUUGGCGGCGGUGGUGACGACGAGAUGUUCCUCGACUUCUCUGACGCGGACGACUUGCUCGACAGCAUCGACUUCGACGACAUCUUCGCCGGCGACGUCGCCUUGCCAGAUUUGGACACGGACGCAGCCGAGGCGGAGUUCUCUACGAGUUUCGAGGAUCGGACUGAGGUGAAUCCGAACAUGACCCGGAUGGAGUUUCGAAGGAAUUAUUGGAGGCGGAAGAGAGCUCGACGGGCGCGGGGGGCGGUGAGCUCGAGUGGCGAGGAAGGGAGUGAGAGGAAGAGAGAAGGGUCGAGAGGCGGGAAGAGGAAAGAGGAAGGGGAUAGAGGAAGAAGACGUUCUGCUGCUCAAGGUAAAACUAAUCCUCAACCUCAAGGGAAGAGAAAAGUCAAGUUGGACUGGACACCAGAUCUGCAUAAGAGGUUCGUGCAAGCAGUGGAACAAUUAGGGGUGGACAAGGCAGUUCCUUCCCGGAUUUUGGAGCUCAUGGGCGUCGAUUCUCUCACUCGCCACAACAUUGCAAGCCACCUUCAAAAAUACCGUUCGCAAAGGAGGCACUUGCUGUCUCUAGAAGCGGAUGCGACGAGCUGGAGCAAGAGGCGCCAGAUCUAUGGCGGGGCCGCCACGGCUGCCGGCGGAAGCAAGAGGGUCAUGACGCCUUGGUCAGCGCCCACCAUGGGGUUUCCCCCCAUGGCACCCUCUGUGCACCAUUUCGGGCCUUGGCACGUGUGGGGUCACCCGGCCCCGGCCACAAGCCCGUCCCUAAAGCAUGGCACAUGGCCGAAGCAUCCGUUUCAUUCACAACCACCGCAUGUUUAUCCUCCGCUGCCAACAUGGGCGUCGGCAUCGCCGCCUCCGCUGCAUCAUCCUCCUCCACCACCGACGCCCCUGCCGCCUCCGGACCCUUCCUAUUGGCACCAGCAAGGAUUCGGUUUUGCACUGGUUCCGGGUAUACUGCAUCAUCAUCAAGCCGUGUACAAAGUAGACAAUAGCAUCGGUCUCCCGGCUCCGGCGGGGCAAUUGGGCUCCUCCCAACCUUCGUUCGAUUGUCACCAAUGGAGGGAGAGCGUCGAUGCAGCCAUCGGAGAGGUCCUAUCGAAGCCGUGGCAGCCACUUCCUCUCGGCCUAAAGCCUCCAUCUCUAGACGGAGUGUUGGGGGAGCUUCAACGCCAAGGCAUUCCCAGCAUUCCUCCCACUCCCUCCACAUAGAUUGACCUCUCGGCGGCGACGACGAUUGCGGCGAUCCUAGGCCAUCGAGAGGAGAAAAUCCUAAUUCGACGACAUUUCCGGCUCUGAUAGAUGUGUACAUAAACUCGAUCGUGGAUGAGUUUUGUCCCUUAUUGCUGUUGGCUUUCUAAUUUGUCUCAAUAAAACAAUGGGAUGCUUUUACUUG